CGUUACGCCCACUGGCGCGGGUACAUACACGGUCGCCUCGCGGAAGGAGGACAAAAAAGGAGCCGCGAACCUCGCAGCGCGAGCUGAGCCGAGCCGAGCCGGAGCCAUGCUGGACAACCCAGUGUUCCUGUCCUUCGUCUUCUACAGCGUGCUGCUUAUUUUGAAAAUGUAUAUCAUCGCUAUCAUAACGGGACAAGUAAGACUGCAUAAAAAGGCGUUCGCGAACCCAGAGGACGCGAUGCGACACGGGGGCACGCAGUACUACAGAGAGGACCCCGACGUGGAGAGAUGCAAGAGGUCUCAUCACAAUGACAUGGAGAACAUCUUCCCCUUCUUGUUCUUAGGUGCAAUCUACUCCAUGACAGAACCUGGCUUAUUCUUUGCUCGCAUGCAUUUCUUAGUAUUUUUUUUGGGCCGAGUUGUCCACAGUGUGGCAUACCUGUGUGCCCUGAAAGCUCCUACUCGCUCUGUGGCAUACGUUAUUGCACAGGUGCCUUGCUUCUCAAUGCUGCUGCAAAUCCUAUAUGCUGUCGGUGUCCAGUGGUGAAUUUAUCUACCAAAUACAAAUUUAAAGGAGAUUGUUUUCACACAGAAAUAAUGAUGUAACCUAUGUUUGCAAUGGAAAUGUUAGCAUUCAUUGAAAAUGUCUGAAAAUGCAGCAAUAAAAUAACUCAAAAUACACUAAAUAUAACCACCAGAGGUGAGGAACCUUUCCCAGAGAUGUCAAAUGUGCUGCUGGUUUUUAUAGUCUCCAAACCCUGAACUGGUUUAUUAGAGGUAAUGUGUAGCUUUUGUAUGUUUGAUUACUUUAUUUUGGGCACUUUCCUGGUGACAGCUAGUUCAGAACAGCAGAACUAAAGUGAUAUAAUUUUCUACCCAAAUGAGUUGCAUUAAAUGAGUGAGGGGCAGAACACAAUGGAGACCAGCAGACCCCACAGCAUUCAUAAAGUAUCAUUGCCCAUUCCUAAUUGAAGCAGUGCAUUUUGUGUGUAAUUUUAUGUUUGCUGUGUUUUCAGCUGUAAGAUUUGUGGAUUAGUUUGUGCCCUCCAUGUGGGUUUUUUGAUGAAGGUUGUUAUUUUAUUUUAUUUUAUUUUAUUUUACUUUAUUUUAUUUUUUUUACCUCUUGCAACAAGUAUUUCCAGGAGACACAUUGUGACUGGAACUGAUACAUGUCAGCCUAUGUUAUGGAAAUUGUGUGCAUGAAUGUAUGCUGUUACUUCCCAGUUUACUCAGUAGCUAAUGUGCCUUAGCAAGGAUAUAAAAUGCUGAUGGAGAUACCACAAUACUUCAGUCAAAGCUGUAGUGGUUCACAGAGGUUAUAAAAGCAAUAAAAGUUUAAAUACUCGCCUUCAUUUGUGUAAUGCGGUUGUGAGUGCUGUAUCUGUUGAAGCAUUGUACUGUUGUGUACAUUGCCAGGAGAAUAUGGUUUGAGUAUAUUGUGUGUCCCAACAAACAAUAUAUACAUUGAUGCUUAGAAUAUAAAAUAGUUACAUAUUGGAUUAUAAAUAUUUUACUGACUAAUUACGGUGUAGUCUGUGGUUUAAUUUAGGGCCAAUUAAGUGGCUUUGUCUGUGCUCAUCUAACAAUUUGCUUAUAUACACAUCAUGCAAAAAUGAUAUAAAAGUACUCUAGACAUUGUACUCUGGCCUAACAACAGUCCCAAAAUUAGAAUCAUUCUGUCUGAAUUUAUAUAACAAUUUACAAGUAUAUAAUCAAAACACAAUAUAGGCAAUACUGAUGAAUACUGAAGUGUUGACAUUAUGUGGUGUUCACAUAAAUCUCAAGCACAUGGUAUUUUAUAUUAGUUCUCUGCUUUAUGACCACUAAUACUUAUUUCCUUUUUACGUUAUAUCUAAUUUCCCAAGUUCCUGAUGUAAAAUCAGCCAAACAGGUGUUUUGGAAUGUACCUUGUAUGUCUAAAAUCUUUGGAUAAGAAAAUGCUGUGGCUGAGAUAUCAAAGGUAUUUUAGUUUUUUAAAUUAAUAACAAAUGUUUGAUCCAAUAAAGGCAUUGUUAUGAAGACAUUUUUGUCAUCUUCCCUUAGUCCUGUGGUUUCUACUACGUCAUCCACCAGCUAUGCCAAGGAGCUCCACAAUGUAUGAACACAGCUGGUAUUGCUCUUCCACGGAGCAGACGGUUGAAAACAGCCAGGCGAUGUUGGCAAAUCUGUUGUGUAAGGACCAUGUAAGGAAGUUGCAGGCUUUCCAACUUCAAUCUGGCGAUGUCAAGUCCAGUGGGUUUUCCAGCUCUCUUCACACUGUUGAGAACCCAGAACGCAAGUGAUAUGGGGUCGGUAAAAACUGUGUUUUGAGUAAAGAGGAUCACUGCCCAAACAGAACAAAAAAACCUCUGGACAGCCCUCCAGAAAAGUUGUUGAAUUACCCUGGGAUUCAUUGUGCUAGGUGCCAGAAAUGAGAGAUGUACCCUAAUUCGUCUGCACAAGCUCUUCUACAUUCAAGUCUGUGUGAUACAGAACUGGAGACAACUCAUUUGGCAUGAAUGAAAUGGAUUC